UCUCUCCCAUGGCUGUUGGAUUAGCUGAGCUCCCUGUGGAGUAGCAGCAGAAGCAAACACAAGGAGAGGAGGUGGAGUGGGGGUGAGAGCUCGUCUCAUGCGCUGCCCUGCUCCCUGUAGCCGGCUGGAUGGUGCGUGUUUCUGGGGACAUUCGCCGGCCUCUGCUGUUUUAAGGACGGGAAGGAGAGAUGUUGAUAGUGGAGGGAGCUAGGUCUGUGUACCCUCCCUCUGACGUCAACCUCCCUCCAUCUAAGUGCAUGGGUAGCAGGCUCGCUGAGCAGCGCAAAUAAACCCCCUCCUCUCUUUAUUGUCUUUUCCCUCCCUCCCUCCCUCCCUGUGUGUGUGAUUUUCGAUCUGUUGACUUGUCCUAACACACACACACACACACAAAUAAAAAGAUGGCAACUGAGAGACUGCAGGAGAACGAGACGGUGUCAACACUGAGGAACGAGGCAGAGACGUUGAAGGGGAAACUGGAGGAGGAGAGGGCGAAGCUUCACGAUGUGGAACUUCACCAGGUGGCCGAGCGAACAGAGGCUCUCGGACAGUUUGUAAUGAAGACAAGGCGGACUCUGAAAGGCCAUGGAAACAAAGUGCUGUGCAUGGAUUGGUGCAGGGACAAGCGGAGAAUCGUCAGUUCCUCACAGGAUGGAAAGGUUAUCGUGUGGGAUGCUUUCACCACCAACAAGGAACAUGCAGUGACCAUGCCCUGCACCUGGGUGAUGGCAUGCGCCUAUGCGCCAUCGGGCUGCGCCAUUGCAUGCGGAGGUUUGGACAACAAGUGCUCUGUGUACCCACUGACCUUCGAUAAAAAUGAAACCAUGGCGUCGAAGAAGAAAUCUGUGGCGAUGCACACAAACUACCUGUCUGCCUGCAGCUUCACUAAUUCGGACAUGCAGAUUCUGACGUCCAGCGGUGAUGGAACCUGUGCCCUCUGGGACGUGGAGAGUGGACAGUUGCUUCAGAGCUUCCACGGGCAUGGUGCCGAUGUCCUUUGCCUUGACCUGGCACCUUCGGAGACAGGGCAUACGUUUGUGUCGGGGGGUUGUGAUAAGAAAGCAAUGGUUUGGGAUAUGCGUUCUGGUCAGUGUAUCCAAUCCUUUGAGACUCAUGAUUCUGACAUCAACAGCGUUCGGUAUUUUCCAAGCGGUGAUGCUUUUGCCUCCGGUUCAGAUGAUGCUACGUGUCGCUUGUACGAUCUCCGCGCCGACAGAGAGGUUGCUAUAUAUUCGAAGGACAGCAUCAUCUUUGGUGCUUCUAGUGUGGACUUCUCCCUGAGUGGCCGCCUCCUGUUCGCUGGCUACAACGACUACACCAUCAACGUGUGGGACGUGUUGAAGGGAACCAGAGUAUCGAUCCUCUUUGGCCAUGAAAACAGAGUCAGCACUUUACGAGUCUCGCCCGACGGCACUGCGUUCUCCUCAGGAUCGUGGGAUCACACGCUGAGGAUCUGGGCUUAAAACUUCCUGGAGUUGAUCCUCCAAUUCAGAGUGAAGUUUCCAUUUGGGGAUUUCUUGACAUUUGCAGUAUGAUGGCUCGACUUGUAGAUUUUGUGUCUGCUUUAGGAAAUGUGAAAAUACUGGGGACUGUAACAUUUAAACAAGUCUGUAGUGACUAUACCAUUAUUUAAGAAACCUGGCAGGGUUUCAUGUAAUCAUGGAUUGGUCUCAUAAUUCAGUUGUACUUGCACCACACAAAAUAUUUAGUAGUGGUCUCUGCCAUUUCCACAAGGCCCGUUAGUAGGUAUUUCCCCAACUUGCUAAUUAUUUCACCAUUUUUAAAUGUUAUUAAAUAGACAUUUUUAUUAAAGCUUCCAUUUUCCCAUGCCUUUGAGUCCCCAUUUUGUCUAACAAAAAAAUAGGCGAUAAGUUAAGCUGUGGAACAAAAUAAUUGUAAUGCUUUCGUGAGUCCAAGUGGCGGUGUAUUGAGGCCAGGCACUUCGAAAGAUUGUCACAAAGCACUACUUAUGUUUUAUUGCUAAGAAUAACUACACGUGAUACUCUUAUGGUUAAUUAAUAGAUUAGACAGUGGGAUACAAUGUAGAGAAUCUAUUUAAACUAACCUUGUCCAGAAUAUAUGUAGGUAUAUUAUACAAAAUGUAUUGCGCUGAAUAGUAGCAGUAUUAAUAGGUGGCAAAUUUCUCUUUUGUUCAGCAUGUUCAUUUUGACAGAUUUUUUUCUUUUGUUUUUGAUACACAGAAUUGUAAAUUAAUGUUCAGUAGCAGAUGACAAGUCUGGAUUAGGUCUGUAGACUGACUGUUUGAAAACUCCACAUAUUGCAGCAGGAAAAAAAAAGUAAUCAAAGUUGUUGUUUCAAGUGGUUUGUUUGAUGUUAUCCAAUGCAGUAGAUUUAAAUGCACUGUGAUCUUUUCAAGAUUUUAAUUCAUUUCGUAAGAAGUGGACUAUUACAACAUUACUGAGAUAUCGGCAAAGAGUUAAAGCCUUUUGAAUUCUUAUAGGAUCCCUUGUUAAAGCACUUACUUUGUGUAGGACCAAUUGUACAAUUUUAGUUUUGUUUCUGUAACUGUUUUGUGACUACUUCAACGGUUCUUGUGUAAAUCUUUUGAAAUGUACCAAAAAAUAAUAAAUGGCACAUAUACUAUUUUAAAUAAU